CUAUCACCCCCAGCGUUGCUUAGUAGAUCUUGAGAUGGAAUGAUAGGCUUGUUUUCCUCCCUCGAGCUGGACAAGAAAGCGGCGGAGAUGAACCUCUCUUCCGCCUUCAGCCAAGAGAACCUCGAGAAGGUGAAGGGCCGAGGACUCUCCUUCCUCACCCAAGUGGCCACGACCGUCAAGACCGGCGUAGAGCGGGGCAUCAAGGAGGGCAAAGACAUCGCCACCGACGUCGCCAAGGACUUCAAGCAGGGCCUGGCCAACAUCGACGUGUCCACGCCCUUCAAGCCAGGCACGGCCUUGCCCCGCGGCUCCCUGCCCUGGGGCCGGUUCGAGGAGCAGUAUGAGGUGGUGGUCAAGGACAGGGUGCUGCAGCUGACGGAGAGCCACGACGUGUUCAUGCUGUCGGCGCCGCCCUCGUUUGCCUUCCAGAUGAAGGAGCACAUCGGAACGGCUCACGAGAUGCUCGAGGAGGACCCGCGGCUGGACAGGGCGCGGUUUGAGCUGGUCCCCAAGCGCAUCAAGGAGGACCAGUUCUGGCGCAACUACUUCUGGCGUGUCGAGCAGGUCAGUCACAUGCACACACACACACACACACACACACACACACAGAGCACACAUGGCCGUCGUUGCAGCUGCACCUUGUGGUCUUUCUGCGUGUGUUCAGGUGGUUGAGAAGGUGGAGAGUGAGCUCCGCGAGAUGGGCAUCCCCCAUGGAGGCCGCCGCGUCACCGCCCUGCAGACGACGGACUCCCCACUCCACCGAUCGGAGGCGCCAAACCCGCCAUCGUCAUCAUCGCAGGCAGCAGGAGCAGCAGCCUCGUCGUCGUCGUCUGCAGAUGCCGACUUGAUGUCGCAGCUGAGAAAUGCGCUAGAAGAGGAUGACAUUGUCAAGGGCGACAAGGACGCGACGGCCGACAGGUGGGUGGGACGCGCCAGAGGGGCGGACUGGUCAGCGAGGCCAAUGUGUGUGUGGGUUCUGUUUUGUGUGUCAGGCAAGGACCUUCGUCAUCGGCAUCCGAUGCGGCUGCACCCCCUUCCCCUGCCCCUGCCCCUGCCCCUCCCCCUCCGCCCCCUGCCGACCAACCGCCGACCAAGGAUGUGACCAAAAGUGACGAGGACGAUGACUUCAAGGAGUUCAUGGGGGACGACACCGAGUUCCUGCAAGCCAACGGGCCGAUCGACGAGGCCAACCUCAAGGAAUUCGAGGCCGAGUGGUUCGGCGAGAAGAACAAUAAUGCUGGUGGUGGCGCCACUGAGAACCAAGACAAGGACGGGGAGGGAGAGGCGUAGCAGAGGUGUCUGUUGGGGGCGUGGGGUGGGUGGCUCGGGGGAGGGGUUAUCGCAGCAUCUGUAGAGGGUCACUGGCGGCCCGCCGUCAACUGAGGGUUUUUUGUCGUCAGACAAGCGGCAGUGCGGUGGUGGUGCGGCAAUUGUUUCCGAUAGAUGGCCAUCGGUAGUUGUGUGUGUGUGCCUGGUUUGUAUGUCACGCGUGUGUAGAGAGACGUAGAGAGACGCCUCGCCUCAUCGGCGGCAUGUCUGUCCAUCGACCUGACCACCACUAAGGAUGAAUGUUUUGUGCAUGUG